AUGCGUACCAUCCAGACCAUAGAAAACCAGAUCCCUGUGCUGAGGGAGAGCGUUGUCAGAACACCUUUCACAGAGAGAACUGGGUGUCUGUUUAAUCUGAAUACAAACAGCCACACUCCCCGCCAGACUCCCCGUCACAGCCCCUAUAACCACCACACUCCCCGCCAGACUCCCCGUCACAGCCCCUAUAACCACCACACUCCCCGCCAGACUCCCCAUCACAGCCCCUAUAACCACCACUCUCCCUGCCAGACUCUCCGUCACAGCCCCUAUAACCACCACACUCCCUGCCAGACUCUCCGUCACAGCCCCUAUAACCACCACUCUCCCCGCCAGACUCUCCUUCACAGCCCCUAUAACCACCACACUCCCCGCCAGACUCUCCUUCACAGCCCCUAUAACCACCACACUCCCCGCCAGACUCUCCUUCACAGCCCCUAUAACCACCACACUCCCCGUCACAGCCCCUAUAACCGCCAGACUCCCCGUCACAGCAGCCGCCUCUCCCUAGAGCCCCACCAGAACCCAACUCGUCAAUAUCAGCAGCAGCAUCCAUGCUUUUCUCUUCUCCUGGCUGGUGAACCGUGCAGGCAGCCGGCGGAGAGUCAGCCGGAGACCUCUACUGAGCAUGUUUUUACUGAGCUAGUCCCUGUGGUCUCCGAGGGCUGUUUCUCCUCCAGCUCUGCUAGGCUCAGCACAUUAUGCAGAGCAGCAGAUGGAGAGGGGGGGAGGGAGCCGGGAGAGAGCAAGCAGGUGCACGCGUAUGGAGAGAGAGCGAGAGAGCAGGGAGGAGGGGGAGAGGGGGAGCUGCGAGAAAUCAUGGCAGGAGGGGGAGAGAAAGCGCAGCGAGGAAUUGAGCAUGCGCGGGGAGGAGGAGAGUGGGAGCAGCGAGAGCGAGAGCAGGCGUACGUCUUUGCAUCAACAUCACUGCUCCUCUCAUCGUCGUCACCGGAAAGCAGCAUCACAGCCUCCGCCUCGCAGCAGCUACGCAGACGUAGACUGAGGAGGGGCAGCAGCAGAGAAAACGGCAGCUGUUUUCGGAGGCAUGGCCUGAGUCUCAGCGCCAGACAGACGUGGAGGCUGAGAUCCAGCAUCAUGGGGAACCAGGAGGGGAAGCAGAAGAGGGGGAAAGAGGGGGAAGGAUACGGACUGGACGCAGCGGACGAUACCACCGGAGGGCCUCGCGACGCUGACGGCACAAAGAAAGGAUUUCACAACGGCAAGAAAUCCCACGGAAAACAUGUCAAAGGAGGGGAGGAGAAGAGCAAGAAGAAGAAGGAGAAGGAGUCUAAAUCCUCGGUGUUCUCCAUCAGGAAGAGGAAGAAUCUAAAGGGGAAGGGAUCGACAGGGGGAUCCAGGGAGGAUGUGUUGUCGUCUCAGAAUGAGCUGGACUCUGCUCACUCUGUUAACACCAAAACACCAGACCUCUCUCUGUCAGCUGAUGAGCUGGGCCAGUCUGACACCGAGGGACCAACAGAGCGUGGUGAAGGGCAUGGUGGUUGUAUCAGGACAGAGAGCCGGCAGCCCACGGCGGCGGCGACCACGGACACUGCUCCAGACCAGCAGGAGGUGGUAGAACAGAAGAAGAAGAGCAGCUCUGGUUCAGACACGGACAUCUAUAGCUUUCACUCAGCUGCAGAACAAGAAGACCUGCUAGCUGACAUCCAGCAGGCCAUUAGACUACAGCAGGGGGUGAUUAUCUCCACCGCUGAGCUGAGUGAAGAGCUGGGUUGGGGAGGGGGGUGGAGGAAACAGAGGUCUGACGAGGUUAGAACUACCCCCAGCCCCCCUGAACAGACCCCCCCACCGGAGCCUCUCACUACCCCAGAGGCAGCCCCCGUCACUGGCCGGGAGAAUGGCCUGCUUUCUAAACUGUCUCUGUCCCUGGAUGGGCCAGAGGAGGAGAGGAGAGCAGCCACGUCUGCAGAGAAACUCAACUGGGAGCUGAGAGGGGCUGAAACAGAACCGGCCCUUUGUGCCUCCUCUUCCUCCGGGACAAAGGAGGAGGAGGAGGAGGCAUUGAGCUGCCAGGAGGUGAACGCUAACACUCAGCCCCCCACAGCCCAGACGAACGGCCAUGUUACCAAGACAACCAGCGCUACUAGCUUCCCAGACCUCACAGCCUCUUUUGAGAGCGCUGUGGAGUCUCCUUUCAGAGAUGAGGAGAAGGAAGUGUUGGAGGAGGUGGAGGAGGAGGAGGAGGAGGUGGAGGAGGAUGACGACCUGGACCUGGACAUGCCGCCUCUGUCAGCCGAGAGCCAUAGUCACAGUGACGCGACCACGAGCCACGAGGACAUAGGCCUGAGCUCUGGGAACGCCUCCGAGGCAGAGGGGAGGAUAGGGGACUGGGUAGGGGCAGGAGUGGGGGCUGCAGUCAGUGCUGAGUCCUUGGAGUGUUUUAGCAGGGGGGAUCUGAGGUGCUCUGAGCCUGCAGACGACCCCCUGAUCACCCGUAGGAGGAAGAGCAGUGUUUCCUUCUCCCCCUGGCCCUCUCAGGAGAGCCCUAGCCUGGCCACGCGCCUCCUCAAGUCCACCCUGACCUCCACCCUUCCCUCCUACAACCACUCCUCCUCAGGCUCCAGCCCCACAGCCAAACCCUACCCUCCCAUUUACCCCUCCUACAUCAAGACCACCACAAGGCAGCUCACUAACUCCCCAGGCACCUCGCCGUCACAGAGCCCCUUGUUCCACCGACGCUGCCACGACCUGGGACACCGCACGGAGAAGAGGAGGGUUAGACGACAGCGCUCCCACAGCAUCGCUGGUCCCCUCAGCUGGUCUGCAGACUGGACCGAGGAGCUGGAGAGGGAUCGCCCCACCAAGGCUGGAUCAGCAGACUACCUGGAGGGGUAUGGAGGGUCGCAGGACAGGCUGAGGGGGGCCAGCCAGCCACUGUGUGCCACGCGGAGGUCCUCCACCGGACAGGUGUCUACCUGCAGCUUCCAUGACAUCUUCACUGGUGAGUUUUUAUUUAACCUUUAUUUUCACAGGGAGUCCCCAUUUGAGACCAAGGCCUCUUUCACAAGGGAGCAAAGUUGUUGCUUUUUGUUUUGAUGUUGUUGUCGUGGAAAAAGUACGCUCUCGCUGCUAUAAGUCGCUCUGGAUAAGAGCGUCUGCUAAAAUGUCCAAAUGUUUUUGGCCCUGCAUCAGAGCUGUAUUGUAACUUCAGUAUAGGCCGGCAGCUUUCUGUCUCUACCCUUGUCCUUGUUGUCUAGCUGCACCCUUGGCUGUCUCUGUUAGGUAGAAACACAGCAGAACGUUCUGUCACUCAACACUUCUCUUAUCCAUAUUCAGAGCAUUAAUGGGUUCUGUUCUGAGUAGCAAUCAAGCCAAUGUCUAUAAUUAUCCCUACACUUGGUUUCAGUGUUAUUUUUCCCCACUCAGAACAAUGCUCCUGUUUAUUUAGAUUUCUAGACGAACAUGAAACUACUCCAUCUAGAAAUGACUACAGUAGGAAGUGUAGGAGACAGUAUUUGGCCUGGACAGUUGAUGUUCAUUCCUUCUGUAAGUACUUAGCAUAAACAAACAGCAGUGGCUAUUGAGAUGUGUGGCGGUCGGUAGGCAGGGGGACAGUGGUCUUUGUUUUGGGCCUUAGCUCUCUGUCAACUAACCGAGGAGAGAAAAGGGCUCUCCCACAGACGGACAGAGACAGACUAAAUCAAAAAUGUGUGUUCCUACUGGAGAGGGUGACAGGAGAUAAGAGUCCCUCCCUGUCCCUGACAUAACCCCUCUAUCAGUCAGUCCCUCCUGACAUAACCCCUCUAUCAGUCAGUCCCCCCUAACAUAACCCCCUCAGUCAGUCUCUCCUAACAUAACCCCUCUGUCAGUCCCUCCUAACAUAACCCCUCUAUCAUUCAGUCCCCCCUAACAUAACCCCCCUCUGUCAGUCCCUCCUAACAGAACCCCCCUCUGUCAGUCCCUCCUAACAUAACCCCCCUCUGUCAGUCCCUCCUAACAGACCCCCCCUCUGUCAGUCCCUCCUAAACAUAACCCCUAUGUCAGUCUCUCCUACAUAACCCCUCUAUCAGUCAGUCUCUCCUAACAUAAACCCCUCUAUCAGCAGUCUCUCCUAACAUAACCCCCCUCUGUCAGUCCCUCCUAACAUAACCCCUCUGUCAGUCCCUCCUAACAUAACCCCUCUAUCAGUCAGUCCCCCCUAACAGAACCCCCCUCUGUCAGUCCUCCCUAACAGAACCCCCUCUGUCAGUCCCUCCUAACAUAACCCCUUCUGUCAGCCCUCCUAACAGAACCCCCCUCUGUCAGUCCCUCCUAACAUAACCCCUCUAUCAGUCAGUCCCUCCUAACAUUAACCCCCCCCCUCUUGUCAGUCCCUCCUAACAUAACCACCCCCCUCUGUCAGUCCCCCUAACAUAACCCCUCUCGUCAGUCCCUCCUAACAUAACCCCCUAUCUGUCAGUCCCUCCUAACAAACCCCCUCUGUCAGUCCCUCCUAACAUAACCCCCUCUGUCAGUCCCUCCUAACAUAACCCCCCUCUGUCAGUCCCUCCUAACAUAACCCCCUAUCGUCAGUCCCUCCUAACAUAACCCCCCUCUGUCAGUCCCUCCUAACAUAACCCCCCUCUGUCAGUCCCUCCUAACAUAACCCCCCUCUGUCAGUCCUCCUAACAUAACCCCCUCGUCAGUCCCUCCUAACAUAACCCCCCUCUGUCAGUCCCUCCUAACAUAACCCCCCUCUGUCAGUCCUCUAAACCCCUCCAGUCCUCUAACAUAACCCCCCUCUGUCAGUCCCUCCUAACAUAACCCCCCUCUGUCAGUCCUCCUAACAUACCCCCUCUGUCAGUCCUCCUAACAUACCCCCUCUGUCAGUCCCUCCUAACAUAACCCCCUCUGUCAGUCCCUCCUAACAUAACCCCCCUCUGUCAGUCCCUCCUACAACCCUUGUCAUCCUCUAAAACCCACCCUCUGUCAGUCCCUCCUAACAUAACCCCCCUCUUGUCAGUCCCUCUAACAUAACCCCCUCUGUCUGUCAGUCCCUCCUAACAUAACCCCCCUCUGUCAGUCCCUCCUAACAUAACCCCUCUGUCAGUCCCUCCUAACAUAACCCCCCUCUGUCUGUCAGUCCCUCCUAACAUAACCCCCUCUGUCUGUCCCUCCUAACAUAACCCCUCAGUCAGUCCUCCUAACAUAACCCCCUCUGUCAGUCCCUCCUAACAUAACCCCCCUUCGUCUGUCAUCCCCUCGCCUAACAUAACCCCCUCGUCAGUCCCUCCUAACAUAACCCCUCUGUCAGUCCCUCCUAACAUAACCCCCCUCUGUCUGUCAGUCCCUCCUAACAUAACCCCCCUCUGUCAGUCCCUCCUAACAUAACCCCCUCUGUCAGUCCCUCCUAACAUAACCCCCCUCUGUCAGUCCCUCCUAACAUAACCCCUCUGUCAGUCAGUCCCUCCUAACAUAACCCCCCUCUGUCAGUCCCUCCUAACAUAACCCCUCUGUCAGUCCCUCCUAACAUAACCCCCCUCUGUCAGUCCCUCCUAACAUAACCCCCCUCUAUCAGUCCCUCCUAACAUAACCCCCCUCUGUCAGUCCCUCCUAACAUAACCCCCCUCUGUCAGUCAGUCAGGGUCUCCUUGUCCCUGGUCAAGGCUGGACAAGGUUAAUAUUUCAUCCUUUAGAACAGGGGUGUGAAAGUCAUUCCAUGGAGGGCCGAGUGUCUGCAGGGUUUUGGUUUUUCCUUUCAAUUUAGCCCUAGACAACCAGGUGAGGGGAGUUCUUUACUAAGACCUAGACAACCAGGUGAGGGGAGUUACUUACUUAGACCUAGACAACCAGGUGAGGGGAGUUCCUUACUAAGACCUAGACAACCAGGUGAGGGGAGUUCCUUACUUAGACCUAGACAACCAGGUGAGGGGAGUUCCUUACUAAGACCUAGACAACCAGGUGAGGGGAGUUCCUUACUAAGACCUAGACAACCAGGUGAGGGGAGUUCCUUACUUAGACCUAGACAACCAGGUGAGGGGAGUUCCUUACUAAUCAGUGACAUUUAAUUCAUCAAUCAAGUACAAGGGAGGAGUGAAAACCCACAGCCACUCGGCCCUCCGUGGAAUGAGCUGGACACGUGGUCUAGAGGGUUUCUGUUGUAUGUCAAUAGAUGGAGAGGAGACUGAUAACUGAACAUGAUCAUAUAUUUGUAAUGUUUAUGAGCUGUGAGCUUUCGCUCCUGGAUAGCACAUUUUUGUUGCCGUGAGCAUACACACACACACACACGCACCCUUAGCCAACACCAUGGAAACGCACCCUUAGCCAACACCAUGGAAACGCACCCUUAGCCAACACCAUGGAAACGCACCCUUAGCCAACACCAUGGAAACGUGGUUAUUGUUGUGCAGAGCGUGGUGUGUAUGGGGGAGGGGUGACAGAGCUUUCAUGCUGCAUUACAUCAAUAGAAACCAGGAGGUGCUUAAGGCAGACGGGUUGUUUGCUCCUAGCAGAUCUUAGCUAGCAAGGUAAACGGCUGUGCUCACAUACUUAAAAUACCUCUGCUUGAAAAACAAGAAAAAGCGUCUUUUUCCCCCCACUUGAGACGCUGUAGCAACAAGCACACUUCCUCAAAAUAGUCCGAAUUAAUCUAAGAUAACUCAAGAAAUCUGUAAUUCAUUUUGACGUUUUUGCAGAGGAUGUCUUGCAUCUAUGUUUUGCAGUAUUUCUCAAGUGAAAAAAUGUGCAUUCAAACUAGUCGUCUGUUGUUGAAUUACAACAAACUCUUCAUCGAAUAAUCCCUACUGUUGACCAAUCACCGACAAAGGGGCAUAGUCUUUGGCUACAGAACUUCGGCUUGCCUCAAGAAAAAAUUGAAUGUGCUCGAACAGCUGACAAAAUACCUGUCGAACGCUGCAGAACACCAAAAACGUCACAAAACGUAAUCAUAUGCACAAACAGUUUAGAUUGCGAAGCAUACGGUAAGCUUUAGCCUGCGUUUACACAGGCAGCCCAAUUUAUGAUAUUUUCCCCACUAAUUGGUCUUUUAACCAAUCACAGAUCUUUUCACAUUAGAUCUUUUUCAGAGCUGAUCUGAUUGGUCAAAAGACCACUUUGUGGGGGGGGGGGAUAUCAGAAUUGUGCUGCCUGUGUAAACGCAGCCAUAAAGGCCUGCCUCUGUGCUGUUCCUGUAAACACAACCUAUUCUCCUGUCUCUUAUCUCUCAUCUCGCUCUCUCUCUCCAACACUCUCUCUCGCCCUCUGUUGCUCUCUCCCUCGCUCCAUCCCUCUCUCUCUCUCUCUCUCUCUCUCCUCUCUCUCUCUCUCUCUCUCUCUCUCUCUCUCUCUCUCUCUCUCUCUCUCUCUCGCUCCAUCCCCCUCUCUCUCUCUCUCGCUCCAUCCCUCUCUCUCUCCCUCGCUCCAUCCCCCUCUCUCUCCCUCUAUCUCUCUGUAUCGCUCUUGCUCUCUGUCAGUGGAUGUUGCAGAGCUGGCUGUUACUGUUAGCAGGAAAACAUUUGACCAAUAGCGCGUUCUAUAAUGACUUCUCUGAUGCCUAACAGCAGAUUGACCCCCCAAAAGCCUGACUUCUCUAAAGGCUACAGUAGCAAAACCAAUCCCCCAAAAGCCUUGAUCAGCAUUAAGGUAAGUGGCCCUUUUUAAGCUCACCAAAAUCUAAGUUUAGACAUUAAUAACAUAUACUGCCCUCAUUUUUUGUAAGAAAAGUGAAGAUACAAUUACAUAUUCAUCUCUCAUGUGAAGCUUUAUGACUUUAUUUACAACAACAAAAGUCCAGACUGGACUUAAUGUAUAGCCUUUCAGUCCAUUGGUGUUCCAAAUUAGCCCUCUUAAAAAAUACAUUUUAAUUAAUUUCCAAAUGAAAAUAAUUUACAAACUGACAUUUCUUAUGUCAAAUUAUAUUAUAUGAAUCUCCCCUAAAGUUUAUUAAAAUAAACUGAUCAUUGCUAUUCAUCAUGAAAGUAGCACUUAUAACAAGGGGGGGUCCAAUCACAUCCAGAGAUUUAGGCUCUGGUUCUUGCCAACCAGUACAAACCUGAUUUCAACUAAUCAUAGACUUCAAUCAAGACAUGAUUAGUUGAAAACGGGUAUGUUACUGCUCGGUUAGAACACAAACCCGGCCCUCUGUGGAUAAGAAGCCAUGCAGCAAAGACCAACAACUUUUCAAUGAAUUAAUCUGAAAGCUGAUUCACAUUUGCUGUACUGCUAUUGUUGUUUAAUUAGUUCAACUUGUCUUCCUGAAGCCUGUGUGAAGACAGUUUUCAAAUAUCCCUCUCUACUGUUGUAUUACAAAGGUAAUGGUGGUGGACUAAAAAAACACAAUCACCUGAAUGAACAUUUACAUGUACGUAAUUUAGCAGACGCUCUUAUCCAGAGCGACUUACAAAUUGGUGCAUUCACCUUAUAGCCAGUGGGAUAACCACUUCACCAUUUUUUUUUUUGUUAGGGGGGGGGGGGGGGGGGGGUAGAAUGAUUACUUUAUCCUAUCCCAGGUAUUCCUUAAAGAGGUGGGGUUUCAAGUGUCUCCGGAAGGUGGUGUGUGACUCCGCUGUCCUGGCGUCGUGGGGGAGCUUGUUCCACCAUUGGGGUGCCAGAGCAGCGAAUAGCUUUGACUGGGCUGAGCGGGAACUGUGCUUCCGUAGAGGUAGGGGAGCCAGCAGGCCAGAGGUGGAUGAACGCAAUGCCCUCGUUUGGGUGUAGGGACUGAUCAGAGCCUGAAUGUACGGAGGUGUGACAGUAUGACAAUGCCCCCACCCUAAAGUGCAUGAGUAGUCAUCCAGUAGUCGUCUUCUUCUUGUCUCCUCAUUUGUUUGCAUUUUUGUCCACCACUUGUAGGUCUCCUAUCCCUGAAAUCUCUCUGUAGCUCAGUUGGGAAAGCAUGGUGCUUGUAACACCAGGGUAGUGGGUUCGAUUCCCGGGACCACCCAUAGGUAAAAAGGUAUGCAUGCAUGACUGUGAGUCGCUUAGGAUAAAAGCGUCUGCUAAAUGGGAUACCCUGGUCUCAUUCUACUCUCUCUGCAUCAAUGACUUCCUGUCCACCCCAAACAUCUUGGAGAGAGUACAGAGGUUUCUAAUUGUUUCCUACCUGUCCACCCCAAACAUCUUGGAGAGAGUACAGAGGUUUCGAAUUGUUCCUACCUGUCCACCCCAAACAUCUUGGAGAGAGUACAGAUGUUUCUAAUUGUUCCCUACCUGUCCACCCCAAACAUCUUGGAGAGAGUACAGAGGUUUCUAAUUGUUUCCUUCCUGUCCACCCCAAACAUCUUGGAGAGAGGACAGAGGUUUCUAAUGGUUUCCUACCUGUCCACCCCAAACAUCUUGGAGAGAGGACAGAGGUUUCUAAUUGUUCCUUCCUGUCCACCCCAAACAUCUUGGAGAGAGUACAGAGGUUUCUAAUUGUUCCUUCCUGUCCACCCCAAACAUCUUGGAGAGAGUACAGAGGUUUCUAAUUGUUUCCUACCUGUCCACCCCAAACAUCUUGGAGAGAGGACAGAGGUUUCUAAUUGUUCCUUCCUGUCCACCCCAAACAUCUUGGAGAGAGUACAGAGGUUUCUAAUUGUUUCCUACCUGUCCACCCCAAACAUCUUGGAGAGAGGACAGAGGUUUCUAAUUGUUCCUUCCUGUCCACCCCAAACAUCUUGGAGAGAGUACAGAGGUUUCUAAUUGUUCCUUCCUGUCCACCCCAAACAUCUUGGAGAGAGUACAGAGGUUUCUAAUUGUUCCUAGUUGUUUCUGAUCUUGGUGAAGGCACCAUGGAUAGAUGCAUAAUACAGUUCCUUCAGAGUAUUCAGACCUCUUGACUUAUUCCACAUUUUGUUGUUCCAGCCUGAAUUCAAAAUGGAUUAAAUCAAUUUUUUUCUCUCUCACCCAUCUACAUACAACACCCCAUAAUGACAAUGAAAACAUGAUUUUUAGAAAUGUUUGCAAAUAUAUUGAAAAUUAAAUUUACAUAAGCAUUCACACCCCUAAGUCAAUACAUGUUAGAAUCACAUUUGAUCUCUAAGAGUUUUCCACACCUGGAUUGUACAAUAUUUGCACAUUGUUCUUUUUAAAAUUCUUCAAGCUCUGUCAAGUUGGUUGUUGAUCAUUGCUAGACAGCCAUUUUACAGGUCUUGCCAUAGAUUUCCAAGCCAAUUUAAGUCAAAACUGUAACUAGGCCACUCAGGAACAUUCAACGUCGUCUUGGUGAGCAACUCCAGUGUAGAUUUGUCCUUGUUUUAGCUAAUUGUCCUGCUGAAAGGUGAAUUUGUCUGCUGGAAAGCAGACUGAACCAGGUUGUCCUUUAGGAUUUGACCUGUGCUUAGCUCUAUUCCGUUUAUUUUUAUCCUAAAAAAUACUCCCUAGUCCUUGCCGAUGACAAGCAUACCCAUAACAUGACGCAGCCACCACAAUGCUUGAAAACAUGAAGUGGUACUCCGUGAUGUGUUGUGUUGGAUUUGCCCCAAACAUAAUGUUUUUUAUUCAGGACAUGAAGUUUAUUUCUUUGCCACUUUUUUUGCAGUUUUACUUUAGUGUCUUAUUGCAAACAGGAUGAAUGUGUUGGAAUAUUUUUUAUUCUGUACAGGCUUCAUUCAUUUCACUCUGUCAUUUAGGUUAGUAUUGUGGAGUAACUACAAUGUUGUUGAUCCAUCCUCAGUUUUCUCCUAUCACAGCCAUUAAACUCUGUAACUGUUUCAAAGACACCAUUGGCCUCAUGGUGAAAUCCCUGAGAGGUUUCCUUCCUCUCCAGCAACUGAGUUAGGAAGGAUGCAUGUAUCUUUGUAGUGACUGGGUGUACUGAUACUCCAUCCAAAGUGUAAUGAAUAACUUCACCAUGCUCAAAGGGAUAUUCAAUGUCUGCUUCUUUUCUUUUUACCCAUCUACCAAUAGGUGCCCUUUGAGAGGCAUUGGAAACCUCCCUGGUCUUUUUGGUUGAAUCUGUGCUUGAAAUUCAUUGCUCGACUGAGGGCCCUUACAGAUGUGGGGUAAUCAUUCAAAAAUCAUGUUAAACACAGUUAUUGCACACAGUGAGUCCAUGCAACUUAUGUGACUUAAGCACAUUUUUACUCCAGAUUACAAAUUGCUAAAAACAUAAUUCCACUUUGACAUUAUGGGGUAUUGUGUGUAGAUCAGUGAAACAAAAUCUAAAUUUUUAAUCCAUUUUAAAUUCAGGCUGCAACACAUAAAAAUUGGGAAAAUGUCGAGGGGUGUGAAUACGUUCUGAAGGCGCUGUACAUACACUCACUGGCCAGUUUAUUAGGUACACCCAUCUAGUACCGGUUCAGGCCCCCCUUUGCCUCCAGAACAGCCUGAAUUAUUCGGGGCAUGGAUUCUACAAGUCGUAAAUGUUCCACAGGGAUGUUGGUCAAUGACGCGAUGGAAUUACGCAGUUGCUGCAGAUUGGAUGGCGGUACGCCACCGGCAUCAAAUCAAAUCACAUUUUUAUUUGUCACAUACACGUGUUUAGCAGAUGUUAUUGAGGGUGUAGCGAAAUGCUUGCGCUUCUAGCUCCGACAGUGCAGUAAUAUCUAACAAGUAAUAUCUAACAAUUUCACAACAUAUACCCAAUACACACAUAUCUAGUAAGGAAUGGAAUUUAAGAAUAUAUACAGUGGGGGAAAAAAGUAUUUAGUCAGCCACCAAUUGUGCAAGUUCUCCCACUUAAAAAGAUGAGAGAGGCCUGUAAUUUUCAUCAUAGGUACUCGUCAACUAUGACAGACAAAUUGAGAAGAAAAAAUCCAGAAAAUCACAUUGUAGGAUUUUUAAUGAAUUUAUUUGCAAAUUAUGGUGGAAAAUAAGUAUUUGGUCACCUACAAACAACCAAGAUUUCUGGCUCUCACAGACCUGUAACUUCUUCUUUAAGAGGCUCCUCUGUCCUCCACUCGUUACCUGUAUUAAUGGCACCUGUUUGAACUUGUUAUCAGUAUAAAAGACACCUGUCCACAACCUCAAACAGUCACACUCCAAACUCCACUAUGGCCAAGACCAAAGAGCUGUCAAAGGACACCAGAAACAAAAUUGUAGACCUGCACCAGGCUGGGAAGACUGAAUCUGCAAUAGGUAAGCAGCUUGGUUUGAAGAAAUCAACUGUGGGAGCAAUUAUUAGGAAAUGGAAGACAUACAAGACCACUGAUAAUCUCCCUCGAUCUGGGGCUCCACGCAAGAUCUCACCCCGUGGGGUCAAAAUGAUCACAAGAACGGUGAGCAAAAAUCCCAGAACCACACGGGGGGACCUAGUGAAUGACCUGCAGAGAGCUGGGACCAAAGUAACAAAGUCUACCAUCAGUAACACACUACGCCGCCAGGGACUCAAAUCCUGCAGUGCCAGACGUGUCCCCCUGCUUAGGCCAGUAUAUGUCCAGGCCCGUCUGAAGUUUGCUAGAGUGCAUUUGGAUGAUCCAGAAGAGGAUUGGGAGAAUGUCAUAUGGUCAGAUGAAACCAAAAUAUAACUUUUUGGUAAAAACUCAACUUGUCGUGUUUGGAGGACAAAGAAUGCUGAGUUGCAUCCAAAGAACACCAUACCUACUGUGAAGCAUUGGGGUGGAAACAUCAUGCUUUGGGGCUGUUUUUCUGCAAAGGGACCAGGACGACUGAUCCGUGUAAAGGAAAGAAUGAAUGGGGCCAUGUAUCGUGAGAUUUUGAGUGAAAACCUCCUUCCAUCAGCAAGGGCAUUGAAGAUGAAACGUGGCUGGGUCUUUCAGCAUGACAAUGAUCCCAAACACACCGCCCGGGCAACGAAGGAGUGGCUUCGUAAGAAGCAUUUCAAGGUCCUGGAGUGGCCUAGCCAGUCUCCAGAUCUCAACCCCAUAGAAAAUCUUUGGAGGGAGUUGAAAAUCCGUGUUGCCCAGCGACAGCCCCAAAACAUCACUGCUCUAGAGGAGAUCUGCAUGGAGGAAUGGGCCAAAAUACCAGCAACAGUGUGUGAAAACCUUGUGAAGACUUACAGAAAACGUUUGACCUGUGUCAUUGCCAACAAAGGGUAUAUAACAAAGUAUUGAAACUUUUGUUAUUGACCAAAUACUUAUUUUCCCCCGUAAUUUGCAAAUAAAUUCAUUAAAAUCCUACAAUGUGAUUUUCUGGAGAAAAAAAAUCUAAUUUUGUCUGUCAUAGUUGACGUGUACCUAUGAUAAAUUACAGGCCUCUCUCAUCUUUUUAAGUGGGAGAACUUGCACAAUUGGUGGCUGACUAAAUACUUUUUUCCCCCACUGUACAUAUAUGGACAAGUAAUGACAGAGUGGCAUGGACUAAGAUACAGUAGAAUAUUAUAGAAUAGAAUGCAGUAUAUACAGUUGUGGUCAAAAGUUCUGAGUGACACAAAUACUAAUUUUCACAAAGUCUGCUGCCUCAGUUUUUAUGAUGGCAAUUUGCAUAUACUCCAGAAUGUUAUGAAGAGUGAUCAGAUGAAUUGCAAUUAAUUGCAAAGUCCCUAUUUUCCAUGAAAAUGAACUUAAUCCCCAAAAAACAUUUCCACUGCAUUUCAGCCCUGCCACAAAAGGACCAGCUGACAUCAUGUCAGUGAUUCUCUCGUUAACACAGGUGAGAGUGUUGACGAGGACAAGGCUGGAGAUCACUCUGUCAUGCUGAGUUAUAAUAACAGACUGGAAGCUUUAAAAGGAGGGUGGUGCUUUAAAUCAUUGUUCUUCUGCUAACCAUGGUUACCUGCAAGGAAACAUGUGCCGUCAUCAUUGCUUUGCACAAAAAGGCCUUCACAGGCAAGGAUAUUGCUGCUAGUAAGAUUGCACCUAAAUCAACCAUUUAUCGGAUCAUCAAGAACUUCAAGGAGAGAUGUUCAAUUGUUGUGAAGAAGGCUUCAGGGCGCCCAAGAAAGUCCAGCAAGCGCCAGGACUGUCUCCUAAACUUGAUUCAGCUGCGGGAUCGGGGCACCACCAGUGCAGAGCUUGCUCAGGAAUGGCAGCAGGCAGGUGUGAGUGCAUCUGCACGCACAGUGAGGCGAAUACUUUUGGAGGAUGGCCUUGUGUCAAGAAGGGCAGCGAGGAAGCCACUUCUCUCCAGGAAAAACAUCAGGGACAGACUGAUAUUCUGCAAAAGGUACAGGGAUUGGACUGCUGAGGACUGGGGUAAAGUCAUUUUCUCUGAUGAAUCCCCUUUCCGAUUGUUUGGGGCAUCCGGAAAAAAGCUUGUCCGGAGAAGACAAGGUGAGUGCUACCAUCAGUCCUGUGUCGUGCCAACAGUAAAGCAUCCUGAGACCAUUCAUGUGUGGGGUUGCUUCUCAGCCAAGGGAGUCGGCUCACUCACAUUUUUGCCUAAGAACACAGCCAUGAAUAAAGAAUGGUACCAACACAUCCUCAGAGAACAACUUCUCCCAACCAUCCACAAACAGUUUGGUGACAACUGUUGCCUUUUCCAGCAUGAUGGAGCACCUUGCCAUAAGGCAAAAAUGAUAACUAAGUGGCUCGGGGAACAAAACAUCAACAUUUUGGGUCCAUGGCCAGGAAACUCCCCAGACCUUAAUCCCAUUGAGAAUUUGUGGUCAAUCCUCAAGAGGCGGGUGGAAAAUUAAAACCCCACAAAUUCUGACAAACUCCAAGCAUUGAUUAUGCAAGAAUGGGCUGCCAUCAGUCAGGAUGUGGCCCAGAAGUUGACAGCAUGCCAGGGCGGAUUGCAGAGGUCUUGAAAAAGAAGGGUCAACACUGCAAAUAUUGACUCUUUGCAUAAACUUAAUGUAAUUGUCAAUAAAAGCCUUUGACACUUAUGGAAUGCUUGUAAUUAUACUUCAGUAUACCAUAGUAACAUCUGACAAAAAUAUCUAAAAACACUGAAGCAGCAAACUUUGAAGACCAAUACUUGUCAUUCUCAAAACUUUUGACCACGACUGUACAUAUGAGAUGAGUAGUGCAAGUGAUGGCUAUUUAACAGUCUGAUGGCCUUGAGAUAGAAGCUGUUUUUUCAUUAUUUCGGUCCCAGCUUUGAAUCACCUGUACUGACCUCGCCUUCUGGAUGAUAGCAGGGUGAACAGGCAGUGGCUCGGGUGGUUGAUGUCCUUGAUGAUCUUUUUGGCCUUCCUGUGACAUCAGGUGCUGUAGGUGUCCUGGAGGGUGGGUAGUUUGCCCCGGUAAUGCGUUUGGCAGACCGCACCACCCUCUGGAGAGCCCUGCGGUUGCGGGCGGUGCAGUUGCCGUACCAGGCGGUGAUACAGCCCGACAGGAUGCUCUCAAUUGUGCAUCUGUAAAUUUGUUCAGCAUCCUGAGGUUGAAGAGGCUCUGUUGCACGUUCUUCACCACACUGUCUGCUUGGGUAGACCAUUUCAGUUUGUCAGUGAUGUGUACGCCAAGGAACUUGAAGCUUUCCACCUUCUCCACUGUGGUCCCGUCGAUGUGGAUAGGGGGGUGCUCCUCUGCUGUUUCCUGAAGUCCACCUUUGUUUUGUUGACGUUGAGUGAGAGGUUAUUUUCCUGGCACCUCUGCCAGGGCCCUCACCACCUCCCUGUAGGCAGUCUCGUCAUUGUUGGUUAUCAGGCCUACUACUGUUGUCGUCUGCAAAGUUGAUGAUUGAGUUGGAGGCGUGCUUGUCCACGCAGUCAUGGGUGAACAGGGAGUACAGGAGGGGGCUGAGCACGCACCCUUGUGGGGCCCCUGUGUUGAGGAUCAGCGAAGUAGAGAUGUUGUUUCCUACCUUCACCACCUGGGGGCGGCCCGUCAGGAAGUCCAGGACCCAGUUGCACAGGGCGGGGUUCAGACCCAGGGCCUCGAGCUUAAUGAUGAGCUUGGAGGGUACUAUGGUGUUGAAUGCUGAGCUAUAGUCAAUGAACAGCAUUCUGACGUAGGUAUUCCUCUUGUCCAGAUGAGAUUGUGCAGUGUGAUGGCGAAUUGCAUCGUCUGUGGAUCUAUUGGGGCGGUAAGCAAAUUGAAGUGGGUCUACGGUGACAGGUAAGGUAGAGGUGAUAUGAUCCUUGACUAGUCUCUCAGAGCACUUCAUGAUGACAGAGGUGAGUGCUACGGGGCGAUAGUCAUUUAGUUCAGUUACCUUUUGCUUUCUUGGGUACAGGAACAACACCAGCCUGUACCGUUGACACCAUGGGCACAUGCAGCAUGACUCAACAGGAACCAGGAUUCGUCGGACAAGGCAAUAUUUUUCCUUUCCUUAAUUGUCUGGUGUUGGUGAUCACUGCUUCUUGUUUUUAGCUGACAGGAUUGGAUUGGAUUGGAUUGGAUCGGAGUGGUUCGGUUAGAGUGGUUCUGAACACCGCUGUUGUACUGUGCCGUUAUUUGACCUGUUAGCUUGCGCCGUUCUCCUUCAACCUCUCUCAUCAACAAGCUGUUUUCGCACACAGGACUGCUGCUGACUGGAUGUUUUUUUUUUUGCUUGUCACACCAUUGUCGGAAAACCCUAGACACUGUCGUGCGUGAAAAGCCCAGGAGGCUGGACGUUUUCUGAACAUACCACGCUCAAACUUGCUUAGUUCUCUUGCUUUGCCUAAUUUUAACGUUCAAUCAAACAGUAACUGGAUGCCUGUCUGCCUGCUUUAUAUAGCAAGCCACGGCCACGUGACUCACUGUCUGUAGGAGCGAUCCAUUUUUGUGAACAGGGUGGCACUGAUAUACACUACCAGUCAAAAGUUUGGACACCUACUCAUUCAAGGGUUUUUCUUUAUUUUUACUAUUUUCUACAUUGUAGAAUAAUAGUGAAGACAUUAAAACUAUGAAAUAACACAUAUGGAAUCAUGUAGUAACGAAAUAAGUGUUAAACAGAUCAAAAUAUAUUAUGACAUGAAGGUCAGUCAAUAUGGAACAUUUCAAGAACUUGAACGUUUCUUCAAGUGCAGUCGCAGAAACCGUCAAGCGCUAUGAUGAAACUGGCUCUCAUGAGGACUGCCACAGGAAUUUCAGCCCAAAUAAAUGCUUCACAGAGUUCAAGUAACAGACACAUCUCAACAUCCACUGUUCAGAGGAGACUGUGUGAAUCAGGCCUUCUUAGUCGAAUUGCUGCAAAGAAACCACUACUAAAGGACACCAAUAAUAAGAAGAGACUUGCUUGGGCCAAGAAACACGAGCUAUGGAAAUUUGUCCUUUGGUUUGGAGUCCAAAUUGAAGAUUUUUGGUGAAUGGAUGAUCUCUGCAUGUGUAUUUCCCACCGUAAAGCAUGGCGGAGGAGGUGUUAUGGUGUGGGGGUGCUUUGCUGGUGACACUGUCUGUGAUUUGUUUAGAAUUCAAGGCACACUAAACCAGCAUGGCUACCACAUCAUUCUGCAGCGAUACGCCAUCCCAUCUGGUUUGGGCUUAAUGGGACUAUCAUUUGUUUUUCAACAGGACAAUGACCCAACACACCUCCAGGCUGUGUAAGGGCUAUUUUACCAAGAAAGAGAGUGAUGGAGUGCUGCAUCAGAUGACCUGGCCUCCACAAUCCCCCGACCUCAACCCAAUUGAGAUGGUUUGGGAUGUUUUCUGCAUACUUACGUAAAUGUGAUAUUUCAAUUUCUUGUUUUUAAUAAAUUAGCAAACAUUUCUAAAAACCUAUUUUUGUUUUGUCAUUAUGGGGUAUUGUAUGUAGAUUGAUAAAGAUAAAAUAAAAAAAUAAGAAUAAGGCUGUAAUGUAACAAAGUGGAAAAAGUCAAGGGGUCUGAACACUUUCCGAAGGCGCAUUUGCACAACCGGUUUGCUGAUGUCAACGUUGUGAACAGAGUGCCCCAUGGUGGCGUUGGGGUUAUGGUAUAAGCAGGCAUAAGCUACGGACAACGAACACAAUUUGCAUUUUAUCGAUGGCAAUUUGAAUGCGCAUAGAUACCGUGACGAGAUCCUGAGGCCCAUUGUCGUGCCAUUAAUCAGCCCCAUGUCGCAAGGAUCUAUACACAAUUCCUGGAAGCUGUAAAUGUCCCAGUUCUUCUACGGUGUGAAUACUCACCAGCCAUGACACCUAUUGAGCAGGUUUGGGAUGCUCUGGAUCGACGUUUACGACAGCGUGUUCCAGUUCCCAACAAUAUCCAGCGACUUCGCACAGCCAUUGAAGAGGAGUGUGACAACAUUCCACAGGCCACAACCAACAUCCUGAUCAACUCUAUGCGAAGUAGAUGUGUCGCGCUGCAUGAGGCAAAUGGUCACACCAGAUUCUGACUAGUUUUCUGAUCGACGUCCCUACCCUUUUAAAGCUAUCUGUGACCAACAGAUGCAUAUCUGUAUUCCUAGUCAUGUGAAAUACAUAGAUCAGGGCCUAAUGAAUUUAAAUUAUCUGAUUUUCCUUAAAUGUACUGUAACUCAGUAAAAUCUUUGAAAUUGUUGCAUGUUGCGUUGAUAUUUUUGUUCAGUAUAUAAUAGAUUUUACACAAUACUACGAUUCCCAGGGUGCAUUUUACUUCCCAGGGUGCAAUGCUCCGCCCAGGGCUGCUGGCUGGCUAGUGGCUACUGCUAGCAAGCCCAGACAAACGUGAAGUAGUCUAAAUAUAUUUCCGUCAAGUUCUGAAUUCAUUUCACAUGACUUUGGGUUGUCAUUUAUUUUAUAAUGCUCCCUGUACUUCACUGCUUUGUAACACCCUUUGCUGUGAGCUGGCCUUCAUCUGCUCCGUAAUCAAAGUAUUCCCAUAGUUCACUUCUGGAGCCAGUUUUGUCAACAAGCUGCGGGCGUGGAGGUAUGUUUUUGUUAGAAGCCAUGCUGCUGGCAUUUUCUCUCUCCUCUCGCUUGCUCCUCAAAAGUGGCUCGCGCGGUGUCAGCUGCAAGGAGCCUGGCUAGCUCACUACUGCCCCCUAGAGGAGACAAGGAGCCUGGCUAGCUCACUACUGCCCCCUAGAGGAGACACGGAGCCUGGUUAGCUCACUACUGCCCCCUAGAGGAGACACGGAGCCUGGCUAGCUCACUACUGCCCCCUAGAGGAGACAAGCAGCCUGGCUAGCUCACUACUGCCCCCUAGAGGAGACACGGAGCCUGGUUAGCUCACUACUGCCCCCUAGAGGAGACACAGAGCCUGGCUAGCUCACUACUGCCCCCUAGAGGAGACACGGAGCCUGGCUAGUAUUACUGCCCCCUAGAGGAGACACGGAGCCUGGCUAGUAUUACUGCCCCCUAGAGGAGACACGGAGCCUGGCUAGUAUUACUGCCCCCUAGAGGAGACAAGGAGCCUGCUAGCUCACUACUGCCCCCUAGAGGAGACACAGAGCCUGGCUAGCUCACUACUGCCCCCUAGAGGAGACACGGAGCCUGCUAGCUCACUACUGCCCCCUAGAGGAGACACGGAGCCUGUCUAGCUCACUACUGCCCCCUAGAGGAGACACGGAGCCUGGCUAGCUCACUACUGCCCCCUAGAGGAGACGAGGAGCCUGUCUAGCUCACUACUGCCCCCUAGAGGAGACAAGGAGCCUGGCCAGCUCACUACUGCCCCCUAGAGGAGACGAGGAGCCUGUCUAGCUCACUACUGCCCCCUUGAAGAUUCAGACAAAUGACUAGAUAGACUCGAUCCUCUCAAUCCAUAAAUGACAUGAGACACAUUUGGCAGAAAGUAACAAGAAUUCUAGUACCGAACCAUUUUUCAUGUUCUAGUAUCGGAAAAAGUACAAACGUUUUGGUGCUUGUUCAGCAGUCAACAACCAAUUUCAACACUAACAUCUGUUAUCCCGAAUAUUUAUUUUGCAGUGUCCACAAUAACCUUCAACCUGGCAUUUCUGCUUUUCACAACCCGAGUCGUAUUGAUAACCUUACCAAUAAAAGCUAUGAAAUGAACUUUAUUCAUUAUCAAAGUGUCCUUUGACACCGCACAUUCAUUAGCGCAAGAUUUCUGAACAGGCCUCGAAACCAUGCCAGGACCAUCGGAAGCACCAGCCCCAGACAGCAGGUCCACUUACUACAGCAACAUCCAUGUAAGCGCCAUCAGUCCGCACUGUAGUUCCACCAAUCUGUUUGACGGCCAUCUGCAUACGAUACAUCAUGACUGAUCCUAUAUCUCUGAGCCUCUCCAGCCUCUCUCUGUACCUGGCAUCCACCAAAUGAUGCACUGUUGUCACCUCCACAAUUACAGCACUUAACCUUCACAUUGCUCCCACAUUCACCGUAAUCAUGUUCCCCUCCACACUUGGCACAUCUUUUCUUUCCUUUACACAGAGCAGCUACGUGUCCCAUGCUUUGGCGUUUAAAACACCGCGGUGCAUUAUGGGACAAAUUCUCUUUUAACAUUUAAACUAUGAAAUCCUAUUUGUACUUUUCCUGGCGCAACUUUCUGAAACCUCAGAAUCCCUGAUAAGCUUUCACUGCUUUGACCGUCUUUCCUACUGAUCAACCUUUUGGCCUCAAUCACUCUGCGUCCCUAAACGUCUCUGCGUCCCGUAGGCUGGGGACGGUAGCGUCCCGUAGGCUGGGGACGGGGACGGUAGCGUCCCGUAGGCUGGGGACGGGGACUGUAGCGUCCCGUAACUUUGCGUCUUGACAGGAAUGGCCGGUGGUAGAGGGAGAAGUAUAUAUCUUCUGCCUUAUUUGAAAUGUAUUUUGUCUUAGAGGGUCUCUUCUCUUCUUAGUCUGUUUACCCUUCUUACCCAGGUUUUUAGUGUAGUGUCAUUUUAUGAAGACCUUUCAUCCAUCUAGGACUAGGUUACAGGGACGACUUGUUUUAUGAAGACCUUUCAUCCAUCUAGGACUAGGUUACAGGGACGACUUGUUUUAUGAAGACCUUUCAUCCAUCUAGGACUAGGUUACAGGGACGACUUGUUUUAUGAAGACCUUUCAUCCAUCUAGGACUAGGUUACAGGGACGACUUGUUUUAUGAAGACCUUUCAUCCAUCUAGGACUAGGUUACAGGGACGACUUGUUUUAUGAAGACCUUUCAUCCAUCUAGGACUAGGUUACAGGGACGACUUGUUUUAUGAAGACCUUUCAUCCAUCUAGGACUAGGUUACAGGGACGACUUGUUUUAUGAAGACCUUUCAUCCAUCUAGGACUAGGUUACAGGGACGACUUGUUUUAUGAAGACCUUUCAUCCAUCUAGGACUAGGUUACAGGGACGACUUGUUUUAUGAAGCCCUUUCAUCCAUCUAGGACUAGGUUACAGGGACGACUUGUUUUAUGAAGCCCUUUCAUCCAUCUAGGACUAGGUUACAGGGACGACUUGUUUUAUGAAGCCCUUUCAUCCAUCUAGGACUAGGUUACAGGGACGACUUGUUUUAUGAAGCCCUUUCAUCCAUCUAGGACUAGGUUACAGGGACGACUUGUUUUAUGAAGACCUUUCAUCCAUCUAGGACUAGGUUACAGGGACGACUUGUUUUAUGAAGACCUUUCAUCCAUCUAGGACUAGGUUACAGGGACGACUUGUUUUAUGAAGCCCUUUCAUCCAUCUAGGACUAGGUUACAGGGACGACUUGUUUUAUGAAGCCCUUUCAUCCAUCUAGGACUAGGUUACAGGGACGACUUGUUUUAUGAAGACCUUUCAUCCAUCUAGGACUAGGUUACAGGGACGACUUGUUUUAUGAAGACCUUUCAUCCAUCUAGGACUAGGUUACAGGGACGACUUGUUUUAUGAAGACCUUUCAUCCAUCUAGGACUAGGUUACAGGGACGACUUGUUUUAUGAAGCCCUUUCAUCCAUCUAGGACUAGGUUACAGGGACGACUUGUUUUAAUCUAAUGACGGAUAUAGCAAGCACAUUUUUACAUUGGUAUCAUGGGACCCCGUGUAUCUCAGUUGGUAGAGCAUGGUGCUUGCAACGGCAGGGUUGUGGGUUCGAUUCCCACGGGGGGGGCCAGUAUGAAAAUGUAUGCACUCACUAACUGUAAGUCGCUCUGGAUAAGAGCGUCUGCUAAAUGACUAAAAUGUAUACUGUGCAACACUAUUAGGGAUUGUUCAAAACUGGUGGACUUGUGAUUAGGGAUUGGUCAAAACUGUAGUUCUUGUGAUUAGGAAUUGGUCAACUGGUGGAUUAGGGAUUGGUCAAAACUGGUAGAUUUGUUAUUAGGGACUGGUCUCAACCUGCAUGCAUGCAUUCAUUAAUCUCUGACCCAGUACCAUGCUGUUAAUCACCUGACUACAUCUCUGACCCAGUACCGUGCUGUCAAUCAUCUGACUACAUCUCUGACCCAGUACCGUGCUGUCAAUCAUCUGACUACAUCUCUGACCCAGUACCGUGCUGUCAAUCACCUGACUACAUCUCUGACCCAGUACCGUGCUGUCAAUCAUCUGACUACAUCUCUGACCCAGUACCGUGCUGUCAAUCACCUGACUACAUCUCUGACCCAGUACCAUGCUGUCAAUCACCUGACUACAUCUCUGACCCAGUACCAUGCUGUCAAUCACCUGACUACAUCUCUGACCCAGUACCGUGCUGUCAAUCACCUGACUACAUCUCUGACCCAGUACCAUGCUGUCAAUCACCUGACUACAUCUCUGACCCAGUACCAUGCUGUCAAUCACCUGACUACAUCUCUGACCCAGUACCGUGCUGUCAAUCACCUGACUACAUCUCUGACCCAGUACCAUGCUGUCAAUCACCUGACUACAUCUCUGACCCAGUACCAUGCUGUCAAUCACCUGACUACAUCUCUGACCCAGUACCAUGCUGUCAAUCAUCUGACUACAGGCUGA